GCUUUGUCACCCCUUAGCAACGCCCGACGCUGGGACGCCAUAUUGGAUCAAUACAGUUCAAGUCAUGUCGGGGUGAAAGGAACACUGAUUCGACAUGAUGGUGAAAUAUGUCAUAAUACGGCAGUAGAACGGCAAGGCAACAACAGCGUUGAGGAUGUGUCGGUGGGGAUGUACGACGACGAGCACGACCUACCAGUGUAAAUGGUGUGGAACCCGCUUCUGCAAGGAAUGUCUGCGAGGGGACUUCUAUGGGGAGAUGUUCGAGCCGGGCAAGUGUCGCAGGUGCAACCAGAAAAGAUGCCAAGGCGUGCGUGUGGAGUACGUGCCCCGACCCCCCCAGGAGGAGACUGGGGAGAAGGGGAAGGGGAGAGGGAGUGCAGCUGAUAAGAGUCGCAGCAAAAGUCCUUCUAAAAAGGGAGGAAAAGACUCUAAAAAAUCUGGUAGCAAAAAGGGCGGAAAAAAAUCAGGGAAGAAAGGAGGAAAGAAGAAAAAGAAGAAGAAGUGAAACCCUCAAAUGUGAGGUGUUUCUGAAGUUUCUGUAUCCAUGCAUGGGCAGUCACCGCUAAUAGUUGUUAUCCAAUGACAUAGGACCAUGUUAUAUUCUGUCAAGCCUAAUCAAUGUUCAAACAAAAUCUCCAGCGCCCUGUCCUUUGUGGUGCAUUGUACUGACGGUGGGCUGCUCAAUGUAGGUGACUGUAGUCUUACCGUUGCCAUGGUAACGUAUGUCUGAAUACGGUGACAGCGCCUGAAAUCAUUAAGUUUGUUGCCACAGAGAUUCUCAUGUCUGUGUUUUGCGUUACUUCAGAUCCUUCUGUAUAGCAUGGAAGAAAGACUGCGGCGACGUCUUACACCAACGCACACGGCAUGCCUAUUUUCGGAUUUGAUCAUUAGUAUUAUAAUGCCAAAACUUUCGUUUCAGACGUUCAGUAUUACGAACGUAUAUAUGUGUCCAACUGAGACGUUUCCUGUGAUACGCAAAUUUCUACACUUUAUUAUUAUUAUUAUUGUAUAAUAUGUGUGUUGUUAUUUAUUAAACACGAGGCCUCGUCUGAUCAAUACUGGUACAGGGGGUGUCUCUCGAAUAUCA